AUGGCGAACAACAAAUCAAUAACAUCUGUUCAAACACAUGUAACAAACUUUUCCAAGGACGUAGUUGGAAAUCGACAUAUUAACAUGCAAAGAAUGCAAAAUAUCCUCCUUGUUUGGUUGGACAGCAACAUGGAUAAUGAUACUGCUGAUUGUAGUAAUAUAAUCAAGCAAUUAAAAUCUGUAAUUAACAAUAUAAACACGUUUACGGAUGGUGACCAGUGUAUUGAAUUUAUUCAAACCAUUGUCAACAAUAAAGUAUGUAUGAUUGUCUCCGGGUCACUUGGAAAACACAUUGUACCUCGUGUGCAUGACAUGUCACAAGUCGACACCAUUUUUAUUAUUUGUAACAAUCAAGAAUGGGAUAAAGAAUUGAUCAAAGAAUGGCCUAAAAUAAAAGGAGUCUUCACAGAAAUAACACCAAUCUGUGAAGCUCUUAAACAAGCUGCUCACCAAUGUGAGCAAAAUGCCAUUUCGAUUAGUUUUUUGGCAUCAAACAAAAAGUUGGUUCAAUUAGAUCCAUCAUUUCUGUAUGCUCAGACUUUAAAAGAGAUCUUAUUAACCAUCGAUUUCGAAGAUAAGCACAUCAAAGAAUAUAUUCAUUACUGCCGUGAUGCAUUUGCCGAAAACGAGUAUGCAUUAGAUAAUGUUACAAAAUUGGAACGUGAUUAUCAUGAUCAAACACCUAUUUGGUGGUAUACUUAUCAUUAUUUUUUAUAUUCCAUGUUCAAUCAAGCAUUACGAUUAAUGGAUGUUGAUAUUAUUGUCAAAAUGGGUUUCUUUAUUACUGAUUUACAUCGUGAUAUUCAACGAAUUCAUUCGGAACAAUUUGAUGGUGAACAAUCUGAUAAAACAUUUACAGUUUAUCGUGGACAAGGUCUUUCGAAAGAAGAUUUCACCAAAAUGACAAAAACUGACGGUGGACUUCUUUCAUUCAAUAAUUUUUUAUCAACUAGUAAAAAUCAUGAUGUUUCUCUUAAUUUUGCCAAACAAGCUGCUACAAAUCCUAAUCUUGUUGGAAUUCUAUUUAUUAUGUCUAUUAAUCCUACGGAUUCAACAAGUGUAUUUGCUUCUAUUAAAAAUAUUAGUUAUUUUCAUACAGAAGAUGAGGUUCUCUUCUCUAUGCAUACCGUGUUUCGUAUUGGAGAUAUUCAACCAAUGGACGAAAAUAAUCGUCUCUAUCAAGUAAAUCUAACAUUGACUAAUGAUAACGAUGAACACCUUCGUACGAUUACUGAUCGUCUACGACAGGAGACCUUUCCAAAUUCGAAAGGAUGGUCCAGAUUAGGCGAAUUUCUAAUUAAAAUGGGUCAGUUUAACAAGGCUCAAGAAAUUUACGAAGUUUUAUUUGAUCAAACAACGGAUGAAAGUGACAAAGCACCUAUUUAUAAUCAUCUAGGUCGGAUCAAAGACAAGCAAGGAAAACAUCUAGAAGCGCUCACAUAUUAUGAAAAAUCAUUAGCUAUCUAUCAAAAAACACUUGCUCCCAAGCAUCCUGAUUUGGCUCAUUCCUAUAAUAACAUCGGUGAGGUGUAUUACAGCAUGAGCGAUUAUUCAAAAGCACUUUCAUCGCAUGAAAAAGCUCUUUCAAUUCGACAGCAAUCACUUCCUUCCAAUCAUUCUGAUUUAGGUGUGUCCUAUAACAACAUUGGUUUGGUAUAUUAUAGCAUGGGUGAUUAUUCAAAAGCACUUGCAUCUCAUGAAGCAGCUCUUGCAAUUCGACAGCAAUCACUUCCUUCCAAUCAUCCUGACGUGGGUGUUUCCUAUAGCAACAUGGGUUUGGUAUAUUACAACAUGGGUGAUUAUCCAAAAGCACUCUCAUCGCAUGAAAAAUCUCUUGCAAUCAAACAACAAUCACUUCCUUCUAUUCAUCCUAGUUUGGGUAAUUCCUAUAACAACGUUGGUUUGGUAUAUUAUAGCAUGGGUGAUUAUUCAAAAGCACUUGCAUCUCAUGAGAAAGCCCUUGCAAUUCGACAACAAUCACUUGCUUCCAAUCAUUCUGAUUUAGGUAUGUCCUAUAACAACAUGGGUUUGGUAUAUUACAGCAUGGGUGACUAUCCAAAAGCGCUUUCAUUUCAUGAAAAGGCGCUGGCAAUUCGACAACAAUCACUUGCUUCCAGUCAUCCUGACUUGGGUGCCUCCUACAACAACAUCGGUUUGGUGUAUUACAGCAUGGGUGAUUAUGCAAAAGCACUUGCAUCUCAUGGAAAAUCUCUUUCGAUUCGACAACAAUCACUUCCUUCCAAUCAUCCUGAUUUGGGUAUGUCGUAUAACAAUAUCGGUUUGGUGCAUUACAAUAUGGGUGACUAUCCAAAAGCGCUUUCAUCUCAUGAAAAGGCGCUGGCAAUUCGACAACAAUCCCUUCCUUCCAACCAUCCUGACUUAGGCAUGUCCUAUAACAACGUCGGUUUGGUGCAUUACAACAUAGGUGACUAUCCAAAAGCACUUUCAUCGCAUGAAGCAGCUCUUGCAAUCCGCCUACAAUCACUUCCUUCCACUCAUCCUGAUUUGGGUACGUCGUAUAACAACAUCGGGUUGGUGUAUUAUAGCAUGGGUGAUUAUGCAAAAGCGCUAGCAUCUCAUGAAAAGGCUCUUGCAAUCAAACAACAAUCACUUCCUUCUAUUCAUCCUAGUUUGGGUAAUUCCCAUAACAACAUUGGUUUGGUAUAUUACAGCAUGGGUGAUUAUCCAAAAGCACUUGCAUCUCAUGAAAAAGCCCUUGCAAUUCGACAACAAUCACUUGCUUCCAAUCAUUCUGAUAUAGGUAUGUCCUAUAACAACAUCGGUUUGGUAUAUUACAGCAUGGGUGACUAUCCAAAAGCGCUUUCAUUUCAUGAAAAGGCGCUGGCAAUUCGACAACAAUCACUUCCUUCCAACCAUCCUGAUUUGGGUAUGUCCUACAACAACAUCGGUUUGGUAUAUUACAGCAUGGGUGAUUAUCCAAAAGGACUUUCAUCGCAUGAAAAAGCCCUUGCAAUUCGACAACAAUCACUUCCUUCCAAUCACCCUGACGUGGGUGCUUCCUACAAUAACAUCGGUGUGCUGUAUGAGAAUAUGAGGAACUAUGCAAAACCGCAUUCAUUUUAUGACCGUGCUGUACAAAUUGCACAACAAUCAUUACCAUCAAAUCAUCCAACUAUUCAACAAUGGAGAAGAAACUUGGAAAACAUAAAAAAGAAAUUAUAA